AUGGCUGUCUCGCUGAAUGUAGCCAAUGCAACAUCACCUACAGCGUCCCAUAUUAAACCACUGGCAAUGCGGCAAACAGCAACGGAGGCAACCUCUGCAUCUGCACCAGAGUUUGCCAGAGAAAUAGCAGGCGACGCAGAACUAGAACUUUCCGAGCAGCUUAAUGCAGAGGUUCGCCAUCGAUAUAUCAAAGAUAAGAAGUUAGGGGAAGGUACAUAUGCCAUUGUAUACCUUGGCCACCUUCGCAAAGACCCUCUGUCGCUUGUCGCAAUUAAAAAGAUCAAAGUCAAUACAGAAUAUAAAGAUGGGCUCUCCAUGGAUGCGAUUCGUGAAGUGAAAUAUCUCCAAGAAUUAUCGCACCCCAAUGUAAUCGCGCUCCACGCUGUAUUCUCAUCUAAGGAUCGCAAUUUAAACUUGGUUCUGGAGUACCUACCGCUUGGCGACCUAGAAAUGUUGAUCAAGGACAGCUCCAUUCAGUAUGGCACUGCUGACGUGAAGGCUUGGAUUGGCAUGCUUGCUCGUGGUGUCUGGUUCUGUCACGAAAAUUUCAUUUUACACAGAGACAUUAAACCGAACAACUUACUAAUUGCAUCAGACGGCGAGGUCAAACUUGCUGAUUUUGGCCUUGCCAGGUCAUUUGCAGAUCCUCGUUUUAACAUGACUCAUCAGGUAAUAACGCGAUGGUACCGACCCCUUGAGCUCCUAUAUGGGGCACGUUACUACUCGGGUGGGGUAGAUAUCUGGUCCAUGGGAAUGGUUUUUGCAGAGCUACUCCUUCGUGUCCCCUUUGCUGCUGGGAAUUCGGAUUUGGAUCAGAUUUUCAAAAUAUGCGCUGCAUUUGGGACUCCAACUGAAGAGAACUGGCCAGGAGUGACAAAAUUGCCUAAUUACAUGCCCCUUGAAGAAAAUGAUGUCAUCCCACUACAAGGGAAAGACUUCUUUCUUCGACAAUUUCCCACUGCAGGCCCUUUAGGCGCAGAUUUAUUAUACUCCAUGCUGAAACUUGACCCCAGGAAGCGCAGCACUGCAAAACAGAUACUGCAACAUACCUGGUGGUUAUCAGAACCCAAGCCGACAAAAAAAGAAAAGCUUCCUCGCAAGAGUGGAGGGGUGGAGAAGAUGGGUGAUGACUUGAGCCGUAGAGGUGGGGAAAUCGAUGAGGAACGCUUCAAGAGUACAGCACGUCGACUUGAUUUCGGUGAUCUUUUAUGA